UCAACAAACAAAUUCACAAUCAACAAAACAAAAAAAACAACAAAGAGUUUCUCCGAAUAUUUUUCUAAUUAAAAAUAUGAGUUCAACAAGCAAAGCAUGGUUAGUGGCUGCAAGCAUCGGAGCCGUGGAAGCCUCCAAGGACCAAUUAGGCAUGUGUCGAUGGAACUACUUGAUCCGAUCAGUGAAUCAACGUAUCCGUAACAACGUGAGAUCCGCUUCUCAGGCCAACAGAUUCUCUUCGUCAACCGCAGUUGCGUCCGUUAAGGAUGAUAACAAGGCGAAGCAGGCUGAAGAAUCACUUAGAACGGUCAUGACUGUUCCAUCCAAUGGACUCAGUACCCGAUUAUGCUCGAUUCUCCGUUAUUCAUCGUCCGUCGACGGCGGUGGAAGUAGCAGUGGCGAUUUCGGUAGCGCUAACGAUUCCGUUAGCGUUGUUGUGGAUGUUCAGAGUCCUAAUUACUUGAAAUUCACCGAUGAUGAAUUGAUGAAGCAAUGUAGAUUAGAGACAUUUAGAGUUUCAGGACCUGGAGGACAACACCGGAACAAGCGUGACUCCGCCGUGCGUCUCAAACAUCUCCCCACCGGAAUCGUAGCUCAGGCCGUCGAGGAUCGUUCACAGCACAAGAACCGUGCUUCUGCUCUAAACCGGCUUCGCACACUCCUCGCCAUUAAAGUGAGGAACAAAGUGGACCUUGAUGCUUAUGCUCCUCCUCCAGAGCUUCUUCAGAUUCUACCUCCCAAGUCUACUAUAAGAACUUCUUCUGGUUCACAGAUUGGUCCCAACAAUCCUAAAUUUGUACCUGGAAUGCAAGCUUUGCUUGAUGUUAUUUCUGCUUCUGACGGUUCUAUCGCCGAUUCUGCCAAAUUGCUUGGUUUGAGCACUGGUGGCUUAUCUCGUUUGAUACUCUCCCAUGAUGGUCUUCGUAUGGCCGUCAAUAGCAUGAGGGCAGCCAAGGGAAUUAAGCCUCUCAAAUAGUUGGGAUGUAUCGGCAUUUGAAAUAUGACGUGCGGGUCUUUGACGAGUUGUAUUUAGGUGGCUUCUGCAGCACAGUGACUACCAUUUGAUGCACCACAUAUUGUAUACAAAACAAAGGUGAAAUGUUGAG